AUGGUCCGGACUCCGCAGGAGCUCUUUAGCGAGUACAAAGGGCGACAAGGGGCGAUCCUGCGCGCCCUGACAACGGAGGUCGACCGCUUCUUCGCGCAGUGCGAUCCAGAGCGGGAGAACCUGUGCCUAUACGGCUAUGCCGACGGCACCUGGGCCGUGGACCUUCCUGUGGAGGAGGUUCCGCCGGAAAUCCCCGAGCCCGCGCUCGGGAUCAACUUUGCUAGGGACGGCAUGCAGCGGCAGGACUGGCUGGCGCUCGUAGCAGUGCACUCGGACUCAUGGCUGCUGUCGCUGGCUUUCUACAAGGGCGCACGGUUCAAUCGGGAACAGAGGGAGGAGCUGUUCAACUUGAUCAACACACAGCCCACCUGCUAUGAGGUGGUGUCAGGCCGGGUGCGGCCAAACACCGCAGCGCCGCCCAAGCGCAAGGGCAACGCAGUGGUGGGGCGGCCGCCGAAGCAUGCCAAGCACGGCGGAGACGAGGACGAGGACGAGUCUGACGAGUGGCAGGACGGUGAGGGCGACCCCUGCCCGCUGUGCGGCCACGAGUACCAGCAGGACGAGUUCUGGAUCGCCUGCGACAAGUGCGACAGGUGGUUCUGCGGCCGCUGCACCAAGAUGACAGCAGCAAAGGCAGAGAAGAUGGGCAAGUGGUUCUGCAACGACUGCCCCGCACGCUGA